GUUUUCUUUUUUUUUUUUCAUUUUAAUAUAUAUUUAUUUUAAAAAGAAAAAAUACUAAUAAUGCCAGAUCAGGUAGAAGAAAAAUCAAAUAAUAAAGGUGAAAUCGAGCAAGUUGAAGCAGUUCAGUCGAAUGAACAACGACGAGAUGAUUCGAUUUUUGAAGAAUUUUCAGAAAAGGAAGAAAAUAAAAAAAAGAAUAUAUUUAUUCGAUUUAAAGAGUCAAUAUAUUCUAAACCUGAAAAAAGAGAAAAUGCAUGGAAACUAUUAACAAAUCUUACUAAUACUCAAAGAAUAACAUUCGCUGCGGCUUUCUUUGGCUGGACUUUAGACGCCUUUGAUUUUUUUUCCGUUUCUUUAUCAGCGACAAGAAUAGCUGAAACUUAUGGUGUUCAGCCAUCUGAUGUAACAAGUGCAAUUACUACUACUUUGAUGUUGCGUCCUAUUGGUGCUUUAAUUUUCGGUGCUUUGGCCGAUAAAUUUGGACGUCGUUGGCCGCUUAUGAUUGAUAUAGUUUUAUUUUCUGUUAUUAAUAUGGCAAGUGGUUUUGCACCCAAUCUUCAGACUUUUAUUGGGCUCCGAGCUAUUUUCGGUAUUGCUAUGGGUGGUGAAUGGGGCUUAGGUGCUAGUUUAGCCUUGGAAUCAUUACCGAUCGAAGCUCGAGGCUUAUUUUCGGGAAUUUAUCAACAAGGAUAUGCAUGUGGGUAUCUUUUAGCGACAUUAGUGAAUUAUGCUGUUGUUCAAACAAAUUCAUCUUGGCGUAUUCUCUUUUGGGUGGGUGCUGCCUUUGCAAUAUUGGCUAUCGUCAUUCGAAUUUGGGUCCCUGAGUCUGAUACGUUUGAGAAACAAAAGGAAGCACGAAAAAUUCUUGGACGUUCUUUAUUAACCGAAAUAAAAUUGGCUUUAAAGCAUCAUUGGUUACGCUUAAUUUACAUGGUUAUCUUGAUGGCCUUUAUGAAUUUCUUUUCUCAUGGUUCUCAAGAUCUUUAUCCCACCUUUUUAACUACUCAGUUAGGAUAUACGCCUACAGAACAAACUGUAACAAGUGUGAUUAUGAAUCUUGGUGCAAUUUGUGGUGGUAUCCUUUUUGGUUAUCUCUCUAAUUACUUUGGUCGACGUUUGAUUUUAUCUGUUUGUGCUAUUUGUGCAGGUGCUUUUAUACCUUUAUGGAUAUAUGGUCCUAAUAUCCAUACCCUUCAAUUUGGUGCCUUUGUAAUGCAAUUCUUUGUUCAAGGUGGAUGGGGUGUUAUUCCUGCUCAUAUUAAUGAAUUAUCACCUCCAUCAUUUAGAGGUCUUCUACCAGGUCUUAGUUACCAGCUUGGUAAUUUGAUCAGUGCCGCAUCAAGUCAAAUUGAAGCCACUAUUGGUGAAAAAUAUCCAGUUCGUAAUGCGGAUGGAAGUUUCAAGUUAAAUACAAAAGGAGAAACUAUUGCUGAUUAUGGUUUAACUCAAGCUAUUUUUAUGGGAUGUGUUUGUGGAUGCUUAUUAAUUACAGCCUUGAUUGGCAAAGAAGAACGUAACCGAGACUUCUCUGCAGAUCUUGCAGAAGGUCAAACUAGUCAUGCCAUAAGUCCUGGUGACAUUAAAGCAGAAGAAAUUGAGCAAGGUCAUGAAGGAACCUCUCGAGUAUCUAACUAGAAUUUAUUAUCUUUAUUACUUUAUAUAUCUUCUUUAUUAUUGUUAUUAGCAUUUGAUUUAUCAUCGCUAUAUGUAUAUUCGUUCUUUUUAUUCGAAUAUUAUAAUUAUCAGUAAAUAAAAAAAAAUGAAUUAUAAUUACAGUUGGUUAAUUCAUGUAUAGUG